GGUUUUUGAAAUGAGGGACGGCCUGCUUCAGCCAGUCUCUUAUUUGUAUACAUGCAUGGGUAGGGUGGUAGGGAGAGCUGUAUAGAAAAAGACUGCUGUUUUAGUGUUUUACUUAACCUCAUCCCUCCUUUCUUCUUUUUAUCUUUCAUUUCAGUCUUAAACUGAGGGAGACAGAGAGAUGGGGAACUGUCAGGCUAUAGAUGCUGCGGCGUUGGUGAUACAACAUCCAUGUGGGAGGAUAGAGAGGUUCUAUUGGCCUAUUCUUGCAAGUGAAGUGAUGAGAACGAAUCCAGGCCAUUAUGUUUCGCUCAUCAUACCAUUGCCUCCCUCUGAGGACGCCAACCAAGACGACAAGGCCGUACGCUUCACUCGUGUCAAGCUUCUUCGUCCUUCUGAUACUCUCGCCCUUGGCCAUGCUUAUCGCCUUGUCACUUCUCAGGAGGUUAUGGAGGUUCUAAAGGCAAAGAAAUAUGCAAAAACGACAAGGCAACACCUGGAAUCAAGUGAAAAGUUGCAGCAUGAACAAGGGAAUAACCGAAGUUCAGAGUCCUACCAAUCUCAGGUGACAAAACAUGAAAGACGACGCCCAAGGACAUCGCCUGCCAACACUGCUGCAAUGAGUUCAAAAUCAUGGCAGCCUUCAUUACAGAGCAUCUCUGAGUUUGGAAGCUAAUAGUGUUUGUUUUCGGAUUUUAUUUGUAAAGAUAAGAUUGGGUUUUGGGAGUGGCAAUAAACUACAACUUCACUACGAACCCCCCAAAAACUAUAUAAAAAUAUAAAUUCACCCAAAGGAAUGAAGAUGGUAACUUAGAUUUCUUAUUUGCAA